UAGUCUUCAAGUGUUAAUUCCAAUCCAAAAAGCCUUGCAAAAACAUCCUGAACAUUGGAAUUCAUCUGCUCAUUACAAUCUCAGAUCUAUUUCGAUGGAAACCCAAAACCCUAGUUCAAAAUUCUCACUUCGGCAAAAAUAAAAACCCACCGCGGGGGUUUAUUCUGAUCGUGGGAAGGGCGGGGUCAGGCCAACUAUAUCCCAGGUUGAAGAUCGAGGGAACCUAGGUUCAUAGGAAUACUCGAAAAAAACUGUGAUUACGAAAAAAUAAAGCCUCCGGCGGACUGCCAUGCCAGAUGGAUGAAAAAGACCACCAAACAUUAAUCAACAACCUUGUCGUCCUCCCCAUUUUUCAGCCACCAAAAUACAACGGCGCGUCAACUAGAUAUAUGUUUCGUACAUAUAUAUAAUGAAUAAAAGGGAAACUAAUCCCUAUUAUACAAUAUACAUAUUAGAAUAGUAUUAAGGCAAGUCACAAAUAUGUAUAAAGCUACUCAACCCGGUACUUUUGGUUGGACUAUGGCGGUGGUUUCUCGUAAAGCUACUCAACCCGCUGAAUGGUGGAGGUUAUUUGGUGGAGAAUAUCCGUUGUUGCAAAAGCUUGCGAUUCGAGUAUUAAGUCAAACCGUGUCUUCCUCAGGUUGUGAACGUAAUUGGAGUGUUUUUGAAAGGAUCCACACCAAAAGAAGGAAUAGGUUGGAGCAUCAACGACUAAAUGAUCUUGUAUUUGUUCAUUAUAACUUGCGGUUGCAAAACAGGCUAAAAGAUUCUAAAAGGUCGUAUGAUCCCGUUGAUUAUGAGUGCAUUGAUGAUGCUGAUUUUUGGGUGGUUAAAGAAGAGCCCGAAGGGGAACUUAACACGGAGGAUAUAGAUAACAUGCUUGAUGAAACCCAACCGGCUUCUCAAACACAAGAAAAUGAUGGUGGUUUUGCUCUAGUUGAUGAAGAUGGACAUGAAUAUGAUAACGACUUUCAUCCAUUAAGUGAUCGCACACUUGACGCAUACAACACGCCCAUGUCUCAAUGAUCAUCGUAUUUUCGUGUUUAAUUUGUACUUUCUUUUCCUGUUAUUGGAUUUGUACCUUUCUGUUUCUCCCUAUAUGUAUGGAUUUGUAUUUCUAUGGAA